GAAAAAUUCAAAAAAUUUUAUAUUUGAAGAAGAUGAGGCGUUGCCUAUGAAAAAUGCUCAUUAUUUUGACGACGAUACUGAUCAAGUGGAUCUGAAGGCAAAAUACGAGAAACCUAAACAACCCAACUGGUUAUUUAGACGCAUCUACAUAUUAACCUGGAUUAGACAUUAUGACCGGGAAAAGGCCAUAUCUGAUUUAAUAGCCGGCAUUACUUUGGGUUUAACUAUAAUACCUCAAAGUAUAGCUUAUGCUGCUUUGGCUGGACGCAGUUCGGAAUACGGUCUUUACACAGCUUUCAUAGGUUCGAUCAUUUAUGUAUUUUUUGGUACCAUUCCGCAAGUUUCAAUCGGUCCCACCAGCUUAAUGUCCCUUAUGGUUCUGCAGUAUUGCUAUGAGAAGCCAAUUGAAAUUGUUAUUGUUUUGGCAUUUCUAGCCGGUUGCGUAGAGUUAAUAAUGGGCAUUUUCCAACUAGGUUUCAUUGUCAGUUUUAUACCAUCGGCGGUAAAUAAAGCUUUUACUACCGGCACAUCGAUAAUCGUAGCUUUAUGUCAAAUUAAGAACCUAUUGGGUGUUAAGCUAAAGGGUAUACCUACACCGAAAGCUUUCUUCGAAAAUAUUAAAGUUGCAGACGCCAUUGUCGGUAUAACAUGUUUUUUAAUUUUAUUGGCUCUAAGGCAAUUGUCGAGUGUCAAAUUUAAAAAAGACAGUCCGGCCACGAGACGUUUGAAAAAACUUUUAUGGUAUAUUAGCAUUUCUCGGAAUGCUUUAGUUGUGUUCACUUGCGGAAUGAUAGCUUACUUUUGGAUUCAAAAGAGCUCUUUUGAUGCUAUACCUAUCACUUUGUCUUCGAAAGUUGAUUCCGGGAUACCGACAAUAAAACUUCCGCCGUUCGCUUUUAUUCACGGUAACAGAACGUAUGUCUUCUCGGAUAUAUGCCGUGAACUGGGCAGCGGUAUUCUUGUCGUUCCAAUAGUGGCGGUCUUGGCGAAUGUUGCAAUUGCUAAAGCUUUCGUCAAAGAUGGCAUAUUAGACGCAUCACAGGAAAUGCUUACUUUGGGUAUUUGCAAUGUGGCCGGUUCGUUUUUCAGUGCCAUGCCCACUUGUGGAGCUUUUACACGAUCAGCCGUUAGUCAAGCCAGUGGAGUUCGAACGCCCAUGGCAGGUAUUUAUACAGGGAUCAUUGUCCUGUCAGCGCUUUCGAUAUUAACUCCAUAUUUCCAGUAUAUACCAAAAUCUUCGUUAUCUGCGGUUCUAAUAGCUGCUGUCAUUUUUAUGGUCGAUUUCAAGCCAUUGACCGAGCUAUGGAAGACAAAUAAAAAGGAUUUCAUCAGCUGGCUGGGUUGUGUGAUAGUCUGUUUGGCGGCCGGUGUUGAAAUGGGUUUAUUGUAUGGUAUCAUUUUGAAUAUGAUUUUCGUCCUGCUGCGACUGGGUAAACCCAAAUUGGAAGUAAACUUAAAGAAGUGUGAUAAUUUAAUUUAUGUGCACAUUAAACCAAUGUCGGACAUCUAUUAUACGGGCGUUGAACUAAUACGUACCGAGAUAAGAUCAGCUUGCUUUUUAUAUCGUAAUGAUUUUCCGAUCGUUUUGGAUUGUUCGCGUUUCAUGUUAUUUGAUUCGACGUUUUUGGAAAUGUUAAACGCCGUAGCGAAAGAUUUACGGGAAAAUAAUGUUUUAUUAAUUUUACAAUUUUUCCCUGAUAAACAUAAAGAAUUUUUAAAUGAAAACUCAAAUAUUCGAUUUGCGAAUGAUCGGACACUCAGUGAACUAAUUGUAAAAACAUAGAGCAGAUUUUCAUUUUUCAACACUUAGUUACAAAAGUCUGUUAAUAUAUUUUUUUACCCCAAACACCUUGCUAUCUAUCACUUAGUCGUUAUGAUUCAUUUCUAUGCAUUUUUGUUAUUAUUAUUGUUGUUGUUGUUUUUUUUUUUUAUAGUUAAAAUUUGUGUAAGAAUCUCUUUUAUAGCUUUUUUUUUAGUUUUACGUUUUUUAUAUACAAAUAUUUGCGCAUGCAUAGGGUAGAUCGCCUAUAGAUAAAUGAAUACUAUAAUAAUUAUUUUUAUUUAUUUAUUUAUUCGCUUUAUUAUGAAAAUUUAAUUUUUGUUUUUAUCUCAGAUUUCUUUUACUUUAAUCAUAAUGACAUUGAAACACGUUGUUGCGCGUGCGUGCGCGUGCGCUAUUAUUUGGUUGUCAUCAUUAAUUUUUAUUGCCACUUUAGAGUAUAUUAAAAAAUUAAAAACAAAAACAAAUGUUUAUCACGUACAGAAAGAACUCUACCAUUAGAUAUAGUUUUUAUCAACAUGAAUAACGGAAAAAUCUGAUAACGAUGUCUAACUAUCCAUCGGUAUAUAACCAAGUAAAUAACACAUUAUUCAAUUAGUUCAUAGUAUGACAGGCACGUGUAGAACGACUGUCGACGAAUCCAGGAAGCAAGUUUCGAUAGUGCGAAAUGAGGAUUUCAGCGAUGUGCUAAGUCACUAUACUGAGGAUAUGUAAUAUUUUGAUACAAGUUAUUAUAUAUGUUAAGCAGAAGUCAUCUUAAGUUAUCGGGUUCUUAAAGUGCAUUCAGUAGCUCUAGGUAAGAAACCCUUCAUGUUUAUCACUCACUCUCUUGGAAUUGGGGCUUUUUUCCUUAACAAAUCGUUAGUGUAAAUAUAUUCAAAAAA